AUGAAGCCCAUGCUGGAAGUGUCGGUUGUGGACGGUGAAGUCAUCUUCGGUGGCCUGGGCUGGUAUCUCAUCCAGAGUCUGCAGAAGGCCCUCCGAUUCAACGUCCAGUUGCAGACGACAGAUGAGCAGAUUUGGUCGAGUCGACGUCCUACGGGAGAAUGGGGUGGUCCACUGGGCAUGCUGGAACGAAACGAGUCGGAUAUAUCGGCGCACCCUGUGAUACCGACAGCUGACCGCAUAACGGUGGGCACACCGCUACCAGCCUACGUGUACGCCAACCCACGAUACUACGCGGGCACGCCCAACGAAUAUUUGACCAGCGUCUUCGGCUACUUGAUGAGCUUCGACCUCGAGGUGUGGCUGGGCCUGCUGCUAUGCUGGCCUCUGGUGAGUGCCCUAAUCUCAUUCAUCGAAGCUGUGCGGUCUCCAGUGCGCUUCAAGGACACAAUCACCGACAAUCUCUUCGACAUCCUUGGGGUCAUGAUGUUCGAAGGCAGCAUUCGUCCCGUGCGUGACGUUAUCGGACGCGUGGUGUUCGCCGUGUGGUGGCUGGCAGUGCUGGUGCUGAUGAACUCGUUCCAAGGAACCAUGAAAGCAAGCAUGAGCGUCAAGACGCCAACCGAGCGCCUCGAGACCUUCCGUGACCUGGCCGAGAGGCCCCACCUCAGGCCCAUCAUCAUACGGGGAACGACGUUCGUACACCAGUUCCAGGUGUCGCCGGAGUGGGAGCUGCAGACGAUUUUGGCCAUGGCGCGCCGUCACCGGUCAAUCCUACCCGCUCCCGUGGUUUUCACACGCGAAACCUUUGACGAGAUGAUCGCUAAGCAUGCCAUCAUCUUCAUGGAGGACAACGUGAUGCAGAGCUACAUCGGGGCCCUCUACCCAGAGAAGCCGGGAUUGGGCACCAUCUACCCUUCCAAACAGCACACCAUAUCGGCCCAGUUCUGCAUGUUCAUGCGCAAGUCCUUGGAACCAAGGAUCAUGAAACUUUUGCACACAAGGUGUCGCUGGAUGCACGAGUCUGGACUUACGGAGCGCAAACGGCUGCAGCUCCAGCCUCGUUCCUGGUACCCCUCGCGGCCUGACUCGUCGCAAGUUCAUUCGCUCUCGGCUGAAGACACUGCAGCCCUGUUCUACAUGGUUCUACUAGGGCAGGUCAUCGCACUGACAGUCUUUCUUGGUGAACUAGUAGCACACCGUUUCACCUCAAGAAACAGCUCGAUAUAA